AUGUCCACGUGGGCGCCCGCGACGGCGGGCACGGCGCAGAUCGUCGCCCUGAUCGCCGAGUACUUGGACCCGAGGGCGAAUCAGCGAGAGAUGCUGGGAAGGUUGGAGCGAUGCGCGACUUUUCCGGACUUUAAUCUGUACCUCGCGCACGUGUUGACGAGCGAGGAGGAGCCGGGGCGACGAGAGGACGUGCGACAGUCGGCGGGGUUGCUGCUGAAGAAUAAUCUCAAGACGUCGUGGACGACGACGAUGAGCGAGGAAUAUCGCGCGUUCGUGCGAGAGACGCUGGUGCGAUCGCUCGGACACGGGUCGAGGUUGAUUCGAACGACGUGCGGGACGUGCGUGGCGGUGAUCGUGCGGUGUGGUGGGGUGGAGAAUUGGCCGACGCUGUGGCCGGCGCUGGCGGCGGCGGUGGAGCAGGGCGACGAUAACUCUCGAGACGGCGCUUUGGACGCUUUGUACAAGGCGUGCGAGGAGGUGAACGGGAGAUUGGACGUCAAGGUGCCGGGGAUGUCGGAUUCCCCGGCGGGUGUGCUCAUCCCGAGGCUCUUCGCGCUCUUCCAGGCGCCGAGCGCGAAGGUGCGUCAGCAGUCGGUGGGCGUUGUGAACAUGAUCGCCCCGUGCUGGCCGGAGAACCACUACGCGCUACUGGACACUUAUCUUCAGGGUCUGUUCGCGCUCGCGAACGAUCCUGAUAACGAUGUGCGCAGGCUCGUGUGCUCGGGAUUGGUGAUGUUGAUCAACGUAUGCCCGGAAAAGUUGGCCCCAAACUUGCGCCAAAUCAUCACGUACAUGCUCGAGAGGCAAGACGACGAGGACAAGGAUGUGGCCAUGGAGUCGUGCGAGUUCUGGGGAGCGUUUUGUGAGGCCGACCUCGGGGAUGAUUACGUUCAGAUCUUGCGCGAGUUCACGCCGAGACUCAUUCCGGUGCUUUUGACAAAUAUGGCGUACCAAGAGGACGACGACGAGGUGAUACAAGCUGAGGACGACGAGGUAAACGUUGGCAGGGAAGACAGAGACCAGGAUAUUAAACCCACAUUCCGUGACACCAAGGAUAAGGGCUCGCAGGGUGACGAGGCUGAUGACGGCCAGGAUGACACGGAUGACUUUGUGUGGAACCUGCGGAAGAGCUCUGCAAACGGACUUGACAUUCUUUCAAACGUGUUCGGAGACGAGCUUUUGCCCAUCAUACUUCCCGUUGUCGAGCAAAGGCUACGUGAGUCGCGAUGGGAGAUCCGCGAGAGCGCCAUACUAGCACUCGGAGCGGUGGCGGAGGGUUGUUCGGCUGGUUUGCUCCCGUACCUUCCAACGCUUAUCACCUUUUUGUUGCCCAUGUUGGAUGAUGCUCGUCCACUGGUACGAUCAACGACGUGUUGGACGCUCAGUCGAUUCUCUCCGUGGGUGCUUCAGUGCGCGAGACCGUCGAACGACCCCAACGCCAUGCCGCAACAACAAGGAAUGGAGCAGCUCAACACACUGAUAACGGCUCAGUGCAAGAGGUGUUUGGAUCAUAAUAAGCACGUGCAGGCGGCGGCUUGCGGAGCAAUUGCGACCGUACUCGCUGAAGGUCGGGACACGAUGGCUCCCUGGGCCGAGACAGUCGUACAAACCCUCACGCAGGCAUUGGGGAUGUACCAACGCAAAAAUUUGCGCAACCUGUAUGACGCACUCACUAUGCUCGCCGAAAACAUCGGUCCGUCGCUGCAAGAAGCUCGAUUCGCUGGAGCUCUUUUGCCUGGAAUGAUCCAUAGAUGGGAUACCGCGAAUGGGGCUGAUCCAGAGCUCUUCCACUUGCUUGAAUGCCUCACGGCGCUCAUCAUUGGUUUCGGUGGGGCUGCAGGACAGUACAGUUCUGGAAUCUUCACGAAGUGCAACGCCGCUCUGGGACUGAUGCUUCAGCGCCGCGUCGCCGUACAACGCGGCGAAAUUCCAGCUGAGGAGUAUUCUGUCGACGUUGUCAUUUGUACCCUUGACUUGCUUUCGGGUCUGUGCGAGGGUCUCGGACCAGAUAUUGAAACUCUUGUGGCGCAGUCGCAACUCCGGGAAAUCAUUCUCGCCUGCUGCGUCGAUGAAUCUCCUGGAGUGAAACGAAGUGCCUAUGCGCUCGUUGGUGAUCUCGCUCGCUCGUGCACCGCUCAGUUGAACGCAUCAUUGCAGCAGUUCAUGGAGCUGAUAAUCACGCAGCUCCAACCGUCGAAUGUCGUCUCCAUGACUAUGUCAGUGUGCAACAACGCGAGCUGGGCCGCGGGUGAGUUGGCCAUUAGAACUCCGCCCGAUGCUCUGCGUCCGUUCGUCGCGCCGUUAGCUCAGUGCAUGGUUCAAAUUCUAGACAUGCGCAUGGUCAACAGAGCUCUUGGUGAAAAUGCGGCUAUCACGCUGGGACGCCUGGCGAUGGUUUGUCCGGAAGACUUGCAAAGCGGUCUCUCCCACUUCGUGAACUCUUGGUGCUCUGCUCUUCGACGGCUUCGGGAUGGUGUUGAAAAGGAGCACGGCUUUCAGGGAUUGUGCAAGUUGAUCCAGAUGAAUCCGACCGCCGCUGAGGGUGGGUUGGGUGCGUUCGUCGAGGCUAUAGCCUCCUGGCGAGUGUGCCGUAAUGAGGCACUCGUUGCCACAAUGGGGCAGCUCCUCGUUGGCUUCAAGGAUCACAUCGGAGCGCAAAAGUGGGAAAUUGUAAAGCGUGAUCUGGAACCGGGCGUCACGAGGAAACUGGCGGAGCAGUACAAUGUUUGA